UAUAAUCAAGAAGUGUUGAGUACACGUGGUCGUGCGUAGCUUCAAAAUUAAUAUUCGAAAUUUUCAUCGAGAAUAUCUACAUUUCCAAAUUACAAUUAAAUUAACAUAAUUAAUCGGUUAAUUUUUUUUUUUUUUAAGUGAACGGUGCUCACUUGAAGCCCCUGGAUCGCGACGACAUGAAACCUAAGAUCGGCGCGCAAUGGAAUCCGCUGAUUAAUCCCGCCAGGUCUCACGACGCGACCGCAUCGGCAGCCUCGAGUAAAUCGACACGCGAUAAAGGCAGCAACGGAAGUACCGCGAAAGGAACUCGAGAAACGUGCGAGGACUUUUUACAAUCUUGGAGAGCAAUCACGGAUUAUUGCGAAAAGUUUGCCUACAUGUGGAAUCACAGAAACGACCUGCAGCAUCGCGUCUUCCGGGUGGAAAUCCCGCCGUCUUUCCUCGGUGACUUCGCGAACGCGUGUCAGCAGCACCUGUCACGUGUGGACGACGUAACGUCAAUUAUAGAACUUCUCGGUAUACUGAGCACGUGUAAUCGCUUCGAUCUGACGGUGUGCUUCAUGACGAGAGACGAGAUAUCUAUGUUCGAGCGGCUUUUCCGACAAUUGCAGCUCGACGGAAAGCCGUCAGAAUCUUUCGAAAGUGCGACCAAAUCGUUAGCCGCGAAAUAUCGGAUUAAGCUCGAUUAACAAAGCAUAGCUGUGUAUUCGUCUUACAAAUAAUAUUACGACGUAGAUAAACGAGGAGGAGGCAGAGAUGAAACAAAAUAAAUGUGACUGUUGAUUAAAGUCUAUUGCUAAAUUAUUAGAUAUUAUUAUUACAAAUAAUCUAUCUGAAAUUAAUCAAAAAUUAAUCGAACGUUGCUAAAGUGAAGAACGGACUAGACUCGUUUUAUAAAUAAUAUUACCAGUGUGAAUAAACGGGAGAGAUGAAAAUACACAAAAUAAAUAUUUAAAGA